AUGAAGCCUUGCACACCAACCUGUGUGGACGUGGGUUCUGAGUGUGAUCCCAGAGACCUCGAGAAGUUUCAGAGUGUGGUACGGAAGAGGGUGGCAGCCAACGCCCGAGAGAGGAAGAGGAUGCAGGGCUUGAAUACAGCUUUCGACCAACUGCGCAAAGUGGUUCCUCAGUGGGGUCAGGACAAGAAACUUUCAAAAUAUGAAACCUUGCAGAUGGCUCUGAGCUACAUCAUGGCCCUUAACCGCAUUCUGAAUGAUUCUAGUAGAAACAGCACCCCUCACAGGCAAUGGUUGGACCUGCAGUAUGACAGCCUGCAGUCAGAAAGCUAUCCCUGCAUCGUGAGGUACAGCUCGCCCACUGAAAACGAGUGCAUGUACGCGUCCUCCUCCUACCAUUACGAGGAUUUCCAAGUCUUGACUUAG